CAAGCUAGUUUGCAGAAAUAUGAGCCUCCCUUCAGCAGAACAUAAUGUGCAGUCAUCUCUCUUUUCUUGAUUCACACCAUGGCUGGAGAUGUAGUCUACGCUGAUAUUAAGAUUGCCAAGGCUUCUGUAGAGCAUUCACCUCCACCUCACAGGUCAGAUUCUCACCAUCAUGGAAUUUUUCUGAAAGUUGGAUGUGCAAUGAUAAUUCCUCUUCUGCUAGCAGUGAUUGUACUGAGCGUUUUGGUUAUCCAAUUCAACUCUGCAAGACAUACCAAAGUGGACGAUGAACCAAAAGACAGACCCUGUACUGAAGGACUUAAAUCUGGAACAAACACCUCAAUAGUUUCUUGGAACUCUUCUACUACCCAUAAGUCAUGCCCCUCUGGAGACUGGAAACUGUUUGGGGGGAAAUGUUACUGGAUUUCUGAAUCCAUGCAAUCUUGGACUAAAAGUCAGCGUGAUUGUGCUAUGAAGAAUUCAAACCUCAUGAUCAUUCAAGACUUCAUCGAUAUGAGUUUCUUAUGGCUGCACCUCAACUCUCAUGCUCGUUAUUGGAUUGGCUUGACUUUCCCGUCUGAAGGGAAUUCUUGGAUCUGGGUGGACAACAGCUCCUUUGACUCCCACCUGCUUACAAUAAAAAAAUACAGUCGAUGGACCCGAAGCACAAAAUGUGCCCAUUUGUCUGGUAAUAUUAUUGCUGAACAAAAUUGUGAUUAUAAUUUCCGAUGGAUUUGUCAACAGUAAUCCACUCUGCAGCAAGUCCGUUUUCAUUUUUGUAACUGAAACCUCAUAAAAUUUGGACUCAACUCACA